AGUAGGAAGCAUUCAAAAAUGUCAUGAAAGUGUAAAUUAGUUCCUUGCAUUCAGAAUAUUAAACGUUUUACUCUUACAUUCCACUGGGAUGGACACACGUCUAAUUAAAAACUCUUUUUAAAUUCAUGUUUGUCGCAUGUAUACGAGUGAUGCAACAAAAUUUUAAAUUUUUGGGUAUCGACAGUUAAUUAUUCCAUAGCCUUGAAAUUUGAAGAAGAUCCAACCUUGGAAAAGAUGAGAGUAACAUUUGGUAAACACAAUAUAAUUUCUAUUACACCAUAGCGUUUUGAGGAGCCCGUGAUUAGUAUAAAUAAAGCUGAAGAAGGAGUGUCUACAUUAGAUUGAAUCUUCAAUUCCAAACGCAACCAUGAAAUUUGCUGUGGUGAUUUGUGCCAUUAUUGUAACGGCUUCAGCCGCGUCUCUUUCAACAAACGAGCCAAUCCCGAUACUCAAACAAGAACAAGAAGUUAAUUUCGAUGGGUCUUACCACACAUCUUAUGAAACUGGGAAUGGGAUCUCUUUCGAUGAGCAAGGCUCUUUGAAAAAUGCUAAUACUGACAACGCAGCUUCUGAAAUUGUUGGUAGUUUUAAAUAUACAGGGGAUGAUGGUGUCGUGUACACCAUCCAGUAUGUCGCAAACGAAAAUGGAUUCCAACCUCAAGGAGCCCAUCUUCCGGUAGCGCCAGAAAUCCCUGCGGCUAUUCAAAGGUCUCUGGAAUACAAUGCCGCCCAUCCUGAAGAAGAAGAACCACCCAAAAAACAUUGAUAAAUGUGAUAGAGACUGCUGAUAUCUUAUAUAUUAUAAUAAAGUUGAUUUGGAAAAAAUAUGACUUAUKUUAUUUGAAAAGAAACAGCGCAAAAAAGUUUUGCAAGCUACCCUAGAACAUAUCUAUCCAAAUCUUAAUAA